UGAUGUUCGUACAAGUCCAUCUCACUUCACCGUUGGUCGUUAUUGUUGUCAUAGUCAUGUUAGUCAUAUUACGUAGUUGGCCAAAAGUCCCAAUACACUAGCAACAAGCGAUGGAUUCGCAUCCAGCCCCCGACAGAUCCGAUUCAGAAUCCUUCCGAUACAAACCCUCCACCCCCGGAGCUGGCUAGGACGAGAAGGGCCGUAGCAGCAAUGCCAAUUGUCCGGCGUCUUGUGUCCCUGAUCGCCGCCUACCCUAGGGCCCGAGGGUCCCCUCGCCAUGGUCAAUCCUCGCUCCUUAGCCUCACCGUCCACAGCCCACGGCCAACCAUCGGAAUCCCUGACACCGAGUCUGUGUGCAGGCCCAUAAUCAGCAGGCUGGAUCCAGCACAACUACUACGUCGCACGUAUGAAGGACCCAGGCACAGUCAUUACGGGACGCAGUGUAGCAUUAAGCAUAGUAACCUGGGGUCCGAGUCGAGCUCGACCGGGGUCUCCCGCGACGACUGCGCCUCGGUGCUCUACCCGUACCUGACUGCAACACGGCCUGCGCCUCCGGGCUGCCAAUGCAAGCUGCUGCGGCUGGAGAGAGAGCACUGGCCGCGUACUGGGCCUUGCCUUGGCGAUGAUGAGAUGCCAGAUGCCUCGAACAGCCUUGCAUUGGCAUUGCCGCCGUGCUGCCGCCAUGCGUCGAUCUACAUAGUUCGCUGGCUCUAUUUCUGUACGUGCCUGUGCCCGUGACUGGCUCUGUACCGCCAAAGAGGCCGCCACCCGCGCGUGUAAGCAACGCCUACAGUAGUGAGGAUGCUCAGUGCAGCAUCUUGUCGGCAAAGCUGCACCGUCGAAUCCUUGUCAAUCCUCAUACUACGUAGGGACUCCCUCCCUCCUUGGCCGCAUCCUUCGAAGAAUGUUCCCCGUUGGCGUCUCGAUGACUCGCUGACUGGCUCACUGGCAAACGAUUCCCCAGUCCAUCAGCCCACCACACCCCGCUUCGGCGGCAGUCACAACCACUAACACGUCUAACCUUGGUCCCCUCUUCACCAACUUGACGCUCCUGUGGCGCCGUCCGUUCCUGGGACCAUCUCUGUGGGUGGCGCCGACCUUUCCAUGGUGAAGCCGCCCCAUGC